UUGUUGUGGAAGCCACCUAUAAAUCCAUUUACCAAUUUAUGGAGAAGCCUGCAAAUGAUGGAAGUCAUUCAGAAGAACUCUUUUCCCAUUUUAAAAGUAUACCAGAGAAAGAACAUUUACCACGGCAUGCCAGUGAAAGUCAUCUCAGCUGCCUAAAGCAGGACAUCCUAAAUGAGAAGACCAAAUUGGAAGCAACAUUUAAGGAAGCCGAGUUAGCAACUUGUUCUGUAGAAUUACUUUUGCCAUUAUUUAAGGACACCAUUGAAGAGAUUAGUUUUGAAAAUACUGAUCUUUCUGCAUCCAAUUUGAAGAUUUCUAAACAGAAGGAUAUAUUAAGAAAAGAAUUAGACACUUUUAAACAUUUAAAACAAACUUUAGAACAUCUUCUUAGAAAGACAGAACACCAACAAAGAGGGGAGAGUUUAUCCAGCUUGUUAGAGAAGCUAGCUGAUACUGAAAGUGAAAACACUAAUCUUAAGACGAAGGUACUUGAAAAGGAGACCUAUAUUCAAGAACUUUCUUGUUUGUUUCAGAAUGAAAAGGCAAAUGCUUUGAAAGCAAGCCGUUUUUCACAAUCAGUAAAAGUAGUACAUGAACGACUGCAGCUCCAAAUUCAUAAAAAGGAAGCAGAGAAUGAUAAAUUAAAAGAACACAUAAAGAGCUUAGAGACCAAAAUAUCAGAAUGGAACGUACAGUUGAAAAAGAGUAUGCAUGAGGCUGUAAUGAUGAAAGAAUCAAGUAGGCAAAAAGCUAUAGCUCUAAAAAAGGCAUCUAAAAUUUACAAACAAAGGAUUAAACAUUUUACUGGAGACGUGGAAAACCUUACUUCCCAAAUUAGAGAGCAGGAAGCCAAGUUGUCUGAAACAGUUUCAACUUCCAACGCCUGGAAAAGUCAUUAUGAGAAAAUUGUAAUAGAAAAAACUGAAUUGGAAGUUCAGAUCGAAACAAUGAAAAAGCAAAUUAUUAAUCUUUUGGAAGACCUGAAGAAAAUGGAAGACCAUGGAAAAAAUUCAUGUGAAGAAAUUCUUAGAAAACUUCACUCAAUUGAAUAUGAAAAUGAAACUCUGAAUCUUGAGAAUACAAAAUUAAAGACUACACUAGCUGCUUUGAAGGGCGAGAUUGCCUCUGUUGAAAAUGAGCUCUUAGAAUUGCAAGAAGUAGAAAAACAACAGAAAACCCUUAUUGAAGUUUAUAAAACUCAGAUACAGGAGUUGCAAGAAGCAGCUGAAAUGGUGGAAAGCAGAUGUGAAAAUUUGCUACAAGAGAAUAACCUAAUAACAAAAAAUAAAAAUAAAAAAUUAAAGAAGGUGAGAGGCCAGAUGGAGUCUCAUCUGAAGGAGUUAGAGCACGUCCGCAAUUCCUUGACGGUGGCAGAACAGAGGCUUCACGAGUGUCAGGAGAGUCUGCAGCACCACAAGGGGAAAUGUGCAGACCAGGCACACGCCAUUAGGGAGCUUCAGGGCCAGGUUGAUGAAAAUCAUGAUCUUCUGACAAAGCUUUCUCUGGAAGAGGAAAAUUAUCUUAUUCAGUUGAAAUGUGAAAACCUUAAACAAAAAUUAGAACAGAUGGAUGCAGAAAAUAAAGAGCUUGAAAAGAAGCUGGCAAACCAAGAAGGAUGUCUUAAGCAUACCAAUCUUGAGUUUAAAGAGAAAUCUGCAGAAUAUGGAGCAUUGGCCAGACAGCUGGAAGCUGCUUUAGAAGAAGGAAGACAAAAGGUUUCUGAAGAAAUAGAGAAAAUGUCAUCUAGAGAAAGGGCUUUACAAAUUAAAAUAUUAGAUCUGGAAACUGAGCUUAGAAAGAAAAAUGAAGAACAAAAUCAACUUGUUUGCAAAGUGAACAGUAAAGCACAACAUCAGGAAGUAUGUUUGAAAGAAAUACAACAUAGUCUUGAAAAGUCGGAGAAUCAAAAUGAGAGUAUUAAGAAUUAUUUACAGUUUCUUAAAACUUCUUAUGUAACAAUGUUUCGAUAAAUUGUUGGAUUUAUUUUCUAUAAGCAAUAGGUUUUUACUAAGAGUCUAAAAAGUAAUUAGGUAAAAAAUAAAUAUACUAUCUGUAGCUAUAUUUUAUGAUUUAUGGGUGGUACUAUUAGGGUUUUUAUGUAAAGAUUUUUGAAACAUAAUUUAUUAUCCAAUUGAAACUUUAAAACAAGGUACAUGUUAGUAUUCCUUUUUUGCUGGAUAAUCUUCACUUAGCUCUGGAUUAAUAUCUAUUUAAUUUAUUUUGGUUUUUGGAAUAUUUUACACACAGAAAAGAAGCCAGAAUCAUUCUUUGUGACUGUAGCAACCAUUCAAGUGAAUUUGUAAUAAACCUAGG